AUGUCCAACAACAUGGCCAAGAUCGCGGAGGCCCGCAAGACGGUGGAACAGCUGAAGCUGGAGGUGAACAUCGACCGCAUGAAGGUGUCGCAGGCGGCGGCCGAGCUCCUGGCCUUUUGCGAGACGCACGCCAAAGACGACCCGCUGGUGACGCCGGUACCCGCCGCAGAGAACCCCUUCCGCGACAAGCGGCUCUUUUGCGUCCUGCUCUGA